CCACCAUGAGCGACGACGAUUCAGACGAUUCAUUAACAAUGGACCUUGAGCAGGUAGGGCGGUUCUCAUUCUCCGCCCCUAGCUUCGCCCAUCUCGACUUGCAGUGGGGUACCUUGCCUAAAUAUCACGACAUCCCGUCGCUUGUGACGUCGUUCACGACACGGACACAGAUGUGGAACGUGCUCAACGAUUUGGACGUCGGGGUAUCUAUCCAGACGGCACUUGAGCGAUUGAAACCGAUCCAGAAGGUGAUCCAGGACGCGAUCCAGCUUCGGCUAGACGAAGGCGAAACCGAGGGGGACAAUACAGAGCCGAUCGGUGUGGAGCCGCUCGUAGAAUCCCGCGGGAUUCCUAUUAUGGAGGAUGUUGUUGCGCCGAAAGAUGCACGCUGGGAAGGAUUCACCCCGACGGAACUCUCCCAGUUGGUUUCGUUUGGGCCGGAUGAGGACCUCAGGGACGAAGCCGUGAAACGAUCCAAGAUCCGGGGAAUCCAGCAGCACACAAAAUUGAAUGACAUCCAGAAGGGGCAACUAAUCAACAAGCUUAUGAUGGGAGAGCACUACUACUUGGAUACCAGGCUGGAAACCCCAGGAACCCCCGGGCUUAUGGAGCGUAUCGGCGAGGACAGGGUCCACCUUUCGGCCCAAGACAAAAUCCCAAGCUACCACAAUGAAGAGAAAGGGGUGUUGGGAUGCUCACACUAUCAGCGAAAUUGCAAGAUUGAGUGCUCGCGCUGCCAGAAGUGGUACCCGUGCCGGUUUUGUCACGAUUCCGACCCCCACAACUCCUGCAAACAGCUCAUCCGCAAGGAAACGCGACACAUCUUGUGCCAGCGGUGUUUCACGCCGCAAGAACCGUCGGAAACCUGCGUCAACUGCGAAGCCACCUUCGCACUCUAUUUCUGCGCUGCGUGUGUGCUAUACGACAACGAUCCUUACAAGGACAUUUACCAUUGCGACGGCUGCGGAAUCUGCCGCUUGGGGCUCGGUUUGGGUAAGGACUUCUACCAUUGCAAGGGCUGCAACGCAUGUAUCUCGACCUCGUUACAGUCCACCCACAAGUGCUUGGAGCAGUCGACAGCGCGAGACUGUCCCAUCUGCAACGAAUUCAUGUUUACGUCGACCAAGACCGUCGUCUUCAUGCCGUGCGGGCAUGCCAUCCACCAACAGUGCUACAACCAGCACACCAAGCAUUCCUAUAAGUGCCCCAUCUGCACCCGCACGAUCCUCAAUAUGGAGGCGCAGUUUCGGGUGCUUGACCAGGAAAUUGAGAACAUGCCGAUGCCUGGGAUAUACAGCAGCUGGCGGUGUUUCAUCCAGUGCAUUGACUGUGGGGGAAGAAGCGAGUGUCUGUAUCAUAUUUUAGGAUUAAAGUGUGGGUACUGUCGGAGCUACAACACUACUCAGAACCUGUUGAUCAAGCCAGAAGAGGGAGGAGAGGUGGAGGUGGAGACUACAGGAAAUGACUCUGGUAUCAUCCGAUCAGGCAACACGUUGUCGCAGAAUUUUAACCAGUAUUCGCUGCCGGCGUCCUUCUCGUUGCUUUCGCAUCUCAACACCAUCCACAAUAGCAUCUCCCUGUUGAGCAACCUCGAGUUGUCUGCCAACAGCCAGGGCGAGGUAAUUGAGCGGGAAUCCAGCGACGAUGACUUGUCAGACGGGGAUAUUCUCCAGAGGCCAAACUUUCUUCAGAGCAAUUAUGCGGGAUUUAUGUCGUUUACGUCGCCUGGAAAGGGGGAGGAGGAGGGGGGGAAGGGAACGGGCGGGGGGAAGAAGGGAGCGAGUUUGGCGGAGGUGUUUAAGAAGUGGAUGUCACAGGCGGUGGAUGAUGCAGAAGAGCACAGCGGGUCAAUCAUCUAAUCCCGAUCGAAGAAGGGGUAAGACUGGUUUCUAGCCAUAUAAAUUCCACAACUUCAGGAAGGAUAAUCCUACAGAACAGCGAUCCUCCCCCCGGAGAGAACGUAUAAUAGAUAUGACAAGAAUUAAGAAUUAAAGACUUUAAGGAAAAUAGCGAUAUAUAGAACAUUAUCGGGGUAAAGCAAAAGAUUACAUAUAUUGGAAUAUCACCCAG